AUGUACGACCGCGUCCGGAUAGCGUACGAUAGGAUCCUCCGGACAAUGCCCAGCGUAUUGAAGGAGAUGACGCGGGAUAUGAGGCCAGAGCCGCCGACCUACAGCCAGCGAACCGCACUCCAGGCAAUGAACGAGCAUGACCAAGACAGCAGUUCGGCUGCAACUUCGGAGGCCGACGAUGACAGCGGCGAGAAGACGAGCAACCCUGAGCACACAAGCGAGAAGCAACCCGCAAGCAAGCAGACUAGCGAUGUUGUGAGUCGCAAGACUCGGUAG